AUGGUGAAGAUGUUAUGGCGCCACAAUCAUUCGGAGUCAACGGUUGGGAGUCCUCCGGGCAAUAACGGUUUUCCGUUGAUCGGAGAAACUAUGAUGUUCAUGGUGGCCAUUAAUAGUAACAAAGGAUUCUACGAUUUUGUACGAAUUCGACGCCUCCGGUAUGGAAACUGCUUCAAAACCAAUUUAUUUGGAGAGACCCAUGUGUUUGUUUCAAGCACCGAGUCAGCCAAGACAAUCUUGAACAACGACUUGGGUAAAUUCACCAAGAGAUAUAUAAGAUCAAUAGGGGAGCUAGUUGGAGAUCAAAGCUUACUCUGUGCUUCUCACCAACACCAUAAGUUCAUACGUAGUCGUCUCAACAAUUUGUUCACUACAGCCUCCAUAUCCUUGUUUAUCACACAAUUCGAUGAACUUGUCAUACAGACUCUUAGCACCUGGGAGCAGACAGACACUGUGAUUGUAUUGGAGGAGGCACUCAAGAUGACCUUCAGGGCAAUGUGCAAGAUUUUAAUGAGUUUAGAGAGUGAACAUGAACUUGAGGUGUUGCAGAAAGAUGUUGGUUAUGUUGUUGAAGGAAUGCUUGCAUUUCCUUUGAGGCUACCGUGGACUAGAUUUCAUAAAGGACUCCAGGCAAGAGAAAGAAUUAUGAAUGCAUUGAAUAAGAUUGUUAAUGAAAGAAGAAGAAGAAGAGGGUUAGAAGAUCAUGAUCCUGAAGAUUUUCUGCACUAUCUUCUGAUUGAGGAUGAUAAAGCAAUCUGUGAUGGAGCCCCAUCGCUAACAGAUGUGCAGAUUAAAGAUAACAUCUUAACCAUGAUUAUAGCAGGUCAAGACACCACAGCAAGUGCAAUUACAUGGAUGGUGAAGUACUUGGAUGAAAAUCAGGAAGUCCUUGAUAAGCUUAGAGCUGAGCAACUUUCUAUAGCAGAGAAGACUUCACCCAAGUCAUAUCUUACCUUAGAGAGUCUCAAUGACAUGCCAUAUGCUUCUAAGGUGGUUAAAGAAUCACUAAGAAUGGCAUCUAUAGUGCCAUGGUUUCCAAGACUAGCACUGCAAGACUGUGAGCUCCAAGGAUAUAAGAUCAAGAAAGGGUCGAACAUUCAUAUUGAUACUAGAUCAAUACACCUUGAUCCUAUGGUGUACAGUGACCCUGAGAAAUUCAUUCCUUCCAGGUUUGAUGAGGACUCAAAACCAUACAGCUUCUUAGCUUUUGGAACAGGUGGGAGGACAUGCCUAGGAAUGAAUCUGGCAAGAGCCAUGAUGCUUGUAUUUCUCCACCGGUUUGUUACUAAUUACAGGUGGCAGGUGAUUGACUCAGAUUCAAGCAUCGAUAAGUGGGCGCUCUUUGCAAAAUUAAGAAGUGGCUGUCCAGUUCAUGUUACGCGAAUGACCAAAAAUACUACUCCUACAUGAUUGCGCGAGCCCCUACAAAGCCCUUGUGGAGGAUUGCAAGUUUCUACUGGGAAGAGAUUAAUACCUGUGCUGACCUACUGGCCAACUUGGGUAUCAAUCAGAAUCAAGAAAUAGUGGGAUUUCAUAGACCCCCCUCAAGCUUUAAACCCACUCCUCCUUACAGAUUCAUCUGGAGUCCAUAAUUUUGCCAACUGCUUGUUGCUCAUUGGAAUGUAUGUAGGCCAAACAAUGCUUUCCUAUAUUUUAGUAAAUGACUGUUGUAAGAUAUAUGUGACAUUUUGUAAUAUAAAUCUAGAGUGAAAUUGUAUAUUUC